AUGGCUCCGAGAUCAAGCCUCAACUCUUCCAGACCCACCACCUCCUUCUCGAAAUUUCACCUCUGGCUCAUCGUUUGGCUGACCUGCUGGUUGAUUGAGGAUGUCGCAUCAUAUCUCGAUCCGGAAUCCGUUCCGCCGUGGCUGGCGUGGGAUCAAACGAUGCGAGAAUCGGACUACAACUGCGAUAUUCUCGAUUUUGCCAGCAGUUCGUGGCCGGACCUUGAUCACAUCAUGCCUUAUAGCGAUCAUCACGAGCAUCCACUCCUGCUACAGCCCGCCAAACGACAGAGGGAAUCAAACGAGCCUGAAGAAGCCGAAGCUCCGAAGAGGAAAAUGUUCAGAUCGUUCACUUACGACAGGUCUCUUCCGUUCGUAACCUAUGAUGCCCAACGCCCAUCGGAACCCGAAGAAGCAGUGAUCUUCGACGCAAUCAAAAGCUUGAGGAAAACCGACGGGUCAAUGUUCAUUGAUGAAGCCCAGGGCGAAUACAGGAUGCUUAAGAUCGAACAGGAGAAAAUAAGAGAGUUCCUUUCUAUGGCAGUCCAUCGAGGACAGAAUACUGCAGGUGACUAUGUGAUCGGCAAUAUCAGGCCAUCAGAAGUCUCAGUUGAAGUAUUCACCAAGUUUCAGCGAGACAGAAGGCGAGAGUCCCUCAGAGAAUUUUAUUCGCGAGCUGUUCAGCCGGGCAAAUUCAAGACACAGUACAUCAACCGUGUCAUCCCAGAUUUUGAAGAUUUCAUCAAGGAGAGUAGAAGCAGAAUCACGAGCAAAUACUCUGGAAAACAGGAAAUAUACUUAUUGAACGAGCUCCACCAAGUCCUCAAUACACUGCCACUCUACUUAUUCCAUGCAGAUUUGAUUAACGUACUCAUUCCAGUCUCAGCUGAAGAGAACUCAACACUUCGAUCGCAAAGGCAAGUAGCUGGCAAGCAGUUUUUCCAGGACGUUUUCGGGCACAUUGAAACCUAUGAUGGAACACUCAAGAAGGGCGGUCUAGCCGGACAGGACUUAUCCCGACAAAGCGAACACCCUUCCUUUGUUUGGAACAUCGUAGGCCACUGGAUCCGAUCUUCAAGAAGCUCAUUAGCAAGCCGAGUUCUGUUUGGUCCAGAGAAGGGUCAGCAAAACCUAUUGCUUACUUUUAAGCAACUCUUCAAUGAAAUCCUCACUUGCUUUGUGGAACAAAUUCCCCAUGAGGCCCAUUGA